AUGUCGAACGCGAUAGAGGAUCCCCGGGUCAGGGCGGCCAUUGAGCACUACCUGUUAGAUCUGGAGAACACAGCCGAAGAAUACGAAGCGAAAUUAUCGUCCCAAGCAGGAAGAAUGGAAGGGUGGUGUCAAGCCAACUGGCCUGCGAUCCCGGACGUUUGGCCGGCCUCGAUGCCCGACCACACCAACGUGGCAUGGUCCGAGAGGAGAGAUCGCCUGCGCCUGAGGACGCAGGUGGACUUUCUGCUCGGGAACCACAUGCUGCUGCGGUCCGGCAACCGCCUGCCGAUGGAGUUGGCAGACUGCUUUCCCCUGGACUUACCCAACGAGGGCUUCAAGGCCCAGGGGUAUACCACAAAGGCGCUGGUUGUCGUGAUGAACUGUGGGAAGACCAACCAGCACGGCCGCAUGGAGUAUGGAUCUGCUCUGCGGCAUCGAGAUCCGCGAUCUUGUCUCAUCGGCGCCCUCGCGUUCUGGCUUUUCUGGCGCUGGCAGGUAGAAAAGGCGGAAAGGUUUCCCGUCUUCCAAAGCGAAGACUGGUAUGAAACGAAGGUGCUCCGCCGAUCGGCGAAGGAGCCUCAAGCUCCGUUGUCGGGCCAGACUGCCCGAGAAUGGACGUCCAGGAUUCUACAAGAAGGCCGGCAUCAAGGUCUCCAAGGUCAGCCACGCGCCUAG